CGGGACGGGUUCCGACCCGCUCCGCUCCACGCGGGGCCGCCGAGUCAUUGGCGGUGCGGUGCCGGUCCGCGCCGUGUCUCCCGGUCCCGCCGCCCUGCCGGUCCCGGUCCGUGCCGUGCCGUGCCGCUAGCACCGAGACAGCUCCCCUCUCCUCUUCAGCACAAUGGCCUGCCAAGAGAGUGAGUACCUGGAUGACCAGAAGAAAUGUGUCCCCUGCAGAAAGUGCAUGCCCGGGCAGGAGCUUUCCAAGGACUGCGGCGACGGCAGCGGCGGGGACGCGCAGUGCGUGGCCUGCCCUCCCAGGAAGUUCAAGGACCGCUGGGGACAUCACGGCUGCAAGCCCUGCCUGUCCUGCGCCCUCAUCAACCGCCUGCAGAAGUCCAACUGCACCGCCACGGCCGACGCCGUCUGCGGGGAGUGCCUGCCGGGGUUCUACCGGAAGGCACGGCUCAGCGGGCAGCUGGAGUGGGAGUGCAUCCCCUGCACCAAGCAGACACCAUCCUCCGAGCCACAGUGUCGGUCCAGAACAAACCUGGUGAGAGUCGCUGUCCCUACUGUACCACCACAGGACACAGCCCUCCUUGCACUGACCAGCAGUGCCCUGGUCAUCAUCGUCCUGGUGCUUCUGGCACUUUCCAUCAUCUACUGCAAGCGAUUCUGGAAAAGCCAGUGCCAGAGAGUCUUCCUGAGGACUCAGAACUUCUCAGGCCAGCGAGCAACGUUCCCCACUGCAGCAGCACCUGGCAGGUUCCUGUGUGAGGAGCAGAUGUCUGGACCCUGCUGCCUGGGUGUGAAGAAUUUGAGCCCUUGCUACAGGCAGGCAGAAGGCCCCGUGGAAGCGGUGCAGUUCAUUUCCGACGGGGAAGCCGUGGGUCUCCAGCUCCCCUCUCUCCAGCCAGAGAUGGACUUGCCACCAGCCAUGGCAGCCAGCACUGCCUCCAAGGCCCAGCUGGGCAGGAGCCUCCUGGAAAGCCAGCCCCUCAUCCGGGCCUCGGGCCAUGGUGACUGCCUGGACGGGGUCCUGCCACCCCCCACCCCCAGGCAGGGCCGGCCGGGCACGGUGGAGGCCCUGGCCCCCCUCUCCUCCUGUGCCUCCGAGAUGCAGCACAAGUGGCCGCAUGCACCCGUGGAGUGCACUGAGCUGGACCUCCAAAAGUUCUCCACCCAGGUGGAAUAUGUGGGUGGUGAGCGGCUGGAGGACGCAGCAAGCCGGGCUGUGAAGAGGAUCCCAGCAGAGAGCAGUGGUGGGGUGCAGGAGGGGGCUCAUCACUUGCCCACGGCUGAAAUCCCACCAGGGGAGCAGCCGGUGGAUGAUGCCCAGAGCCUGGUGACUCAGAUCAGCAGCACGGCUAGUGGUCUCCCGAUAGCAGAGCUGCCCCAUUCCUUGGUGCAGUCUCUUGCCUUCUUGCUGGACCCUUCCUUGAACGGUGUGAAGAACUUCAGCCACGUGGCCCUGGAGCUGGGGCUCAUGCCCCAGCUGCUGGGACGGAUUUCGGGGUUUGAGCAGCUGGUGGCACACUUCACCUACGCGGGAGGCGCGGUCACCGUGCCGCUGCUGGCGCAGGCGCUGCAGCGGCUCCAGCGCUUCGACGCCUUGCUCCUGCUCUGCGACCACUUCACGCUCAGCCCCGCGCCGGACCGCCAGCGCUAG